AAUCGCUUCUACUCCCAUCUCUAAAACGCUGGCGUUUCUCUCACCAAAUGGUUUACUUUUUGGGCAAUGCAAACAAAUUACAGACAAACACGUAACCAGUGGCUGUCAAUCGAGGCGAGAACCGGCAGCUAGGCAAACAAACACGGGAAACCAACCGGCAAACUAAUCCAUUUGGACCCCCAAAAGAUACACCGAGCAGUGCGACACAUUCGCGAUUCGAUUUACCACCAGAUUCGAUCCGUUCGCAAUCCAAAUCCAAAUCCGAAUUUGAAUACGAGAAUCUGCCAGGUUGGCGGUCGCUGGAGUGUGACGUGCGACCCGCGACUGUAUCAACAAAUACUCAUAUAGUAGAUGACGACGAUUCCAGCUGGGCCCGUGCCCGAUGCUGGACACGCUUGUUGGACACGGCUGCUCGACACGGGUGCUCUGUAGUGGAGCCAGCCGAGGGCUUCCAAUAAUCCCACCGAUCGAUCCGAUCAGCCAGCUUCACGCCAAUGCCGCCGCUGUUGCGGUAGAGUCGCUCAGCACCAGACGCCCACCACCGCCAACACAAUCGCCCACCCACCAAUUCCUCCCCUAGAAGAUGCGUUCCCGCAAAGUGCUGCUGGUAAUUGGCUUUCUGGUUACGUGGACCUAUGCCACAUACUAUCUGCUCCUGCGCCACACGGGCGUCCACACGAGCCGCAAUCUGGUGCAUCAGUCCUACCGCCUCAAUUCGCAGGCUCGCGAGGCCAGCCAGCAGAGCCACCAUCUGGCCAAGAACGUUUUCGAGUUCGUCAAGAUCAAGUACUUGGAGAACCAGACACCGUCGCCAGCCACCACGCCCCAGAUUAGCAUCGUCGCUGCAGAAAUAUCAGCGGAGCUGCCCGAGCAGCACGUUGUCAAGCCGACCAAGGCGCGCAUUCCAACGAAAACAUAUCUGGCCAACGGCGAGCCCGUCUUCCCAGUCCUGGUCUUUGCCUGCAAUCGGGUGUCGGUGAAGAAGUGCAUAGACAAUCUGAUCCAGUACAGGCCCAGCGUUGAACAGUUUCCCAUUAUAGUGUCGCAGGACUGCGGCGAUGAGCCCACCAAGGAAGUAAUCCUCUCGUACGGCAAACAGGUUACACUCAUCGAGCAGCCCGAUUUGAGCGACAUCACUGUGCUGCCCAAGGAAAAGAAGUUCAAGGGAUACUACAAGAUAGCCAGGCAUUACGGCUGGGCAUUGAACACCACUUUCGGCGUGGGCUUCGAGUUUGUGAUCAUCGUCGAGGAUGAUCUUAAUGUGGCGCCCGACUUCUUUGAGUAUUUCCUGGGCACACACAAGCUGCUCCGGCAGGAUCCUAGUUUGUGGUGCGUGUCAGCCUGGAACGACAACGGCAAGGCUGCCGUGGUAGAUGCUUCGCAGCCGGAGCUACUGUACCGCACCGACUUCUUUCCCGGUCUCGGGUGGAUGCUCACCAAAGAGCUGUGGGCCGAACUGUCGGUCAAAUGGCCUAAAUCCUUCUGGGAUGAUUGGAUACGUCAUCCAGCUCAGCGCAAAGAUCGCGUGUGCAUUAGACCCGAAAUAUCGCGCACUCGCACGUUUGGAAAAAUAGGCGUAUCCAACGGCUUGUUUUUCGAUAAGUAUCUUAAGCACAUUAAACUCAGCGAGGAUUUUGUGCAGUUUACAAAAAUCAAUAUGAGCUAUUUGUUGAAGGACAAUUACGAUAACACGUUUCUGCGGCGCGUUUACACGUACCCCAUUGUUACAUACGAUGAACUGCGGAGAAACCUUAUAAGAAUCGAAGGACCAGUUCGCAUUCAAUAUACGACAAGGGAGCAAUACAAGCGGACAACCAAGAUGCUUGGGCUAAUGGAUGAUUUUAAGAGCGGUGUUCCUCGGACUGCCUAUCAUGGCAUCGUCUCCUUCUAUUAUAACAAACGGCGCGUGCACCUGGCACCAAAUGCCAAUUGGAAGGGUUACGAGCUCUCGUGGAGCUAACGACGCUAAGGCCGGAACAGCGCCAACUCCACCUCCACUAACGCAGAGCUAGCUCCGUGUGCUUGUAAUACCAAAAAAUAGCCCUAUGAAUUUUUAUUAUUGUUUGACCAAUUAGCUAAGUUGCAACUAUGGAAUCUCCUUAAACCGACAGCAGUCGCGCUCAAUUUUUGCGGAGACAAGGGGCUCGAGAUAUAAGUGACUUUGCCUUAAACAAUAACCAAGUAACAUUUGUUGGAAAGUCAUUUAUUAUCUCGUGCCCCUGAUCUACGUGCCUGCUGUUGGCGUAACAAAAUCAAAUCAAAAGAGUCUCCACUAUGUAUAGUAGUUAACCGAACUGUGUGGCGAGAGCCAAAAGUGUUCCAUUUCAGCACGCCACACAAGCAACGCAAUGAAUUUGUAAAUAAGUCAGUGUCGUUCGCUUUUGUUAUAGCUAUCUAUCUAUUUCUCUCUCAACCUAUCAUGUUAAAUUGCAAAUAGUUAUAGCAAUGGUUAAGUUAUAGUAUUCAGCAUGUAACUUUUAGCAUUUAAGUUGAUCCAACUCGAGUUCUAACGGCAACGGACGUGUAAUAUUUGUGAUUUGUGAUUUUUGAUUAUUUAAUUUACAUUUAUUAAUUGUUGAGAGCCAGUCAGUAAACAAUACCCGACCCACGAUGUAACAUAGAAUAGCAAUAACUAGCGCUAGAAAUAGAACUAGGACGAGAACUAGACCAGUGCUAAGCCACAAGGGGUGAGCCAAUAAUCCCGGGCGAGGUCUGAAAGUGUGCCACUCUCAGCUAGUUUGUAAUGGAAUCUAAACAGACGAGACUCGUUCUCUACCCCCUAUGACAACCCUUUGUACGAGCAUAUUUUUUUGUGUGUGAGAGACGUACGGAACAUAAAUUAUAAAGAUAAA